AUGCGUCUCUCAUCGACCUUCCUCCUCCUUCCAGUUUUGGCUGCGGCGCAAGACCAGAUCCCACUCGUAGAACGGUUACAGGGAUGGCUCAGCAAAGCCAAGUCUUUCAUCCCAUCCGCGACGCCCGUACUAUCCUUGACCGCCAAAUCUGCUGCUGUGACUGCGGACACAGCUGCGGGCUCGAAAGCGGGCCCGAAAAUCGUCAACAAGGAGGUCGUCUCCGUCAAAUUGGCAAAUUGGCAGUCGAUACUUGCUCCUACCAGUGAAGGUUCGGCUGAGCAAUGGCUGAUUUACGUGACUGGUGCGAAUAAAACGUGUUUUGGACGUUGUGCGAAGGCGAAUAAGGCUUGGGAGGACUCUAUCCCCCUUCUCUCCGCAGAUGCGUCUUCCCCUUCCCUCGCUAAGGUCAACUGUGAAUCUGAAGGAAUUCUCUGCUCCAUCUGGUCUGCGUCUCCCCCAAGCAUCUGGUAUUGGCAGGUCCCUGCCCGCCAAUUGGGACAGCCAAAGCCAGCGACACCAAUCCACGUAGUCCGUCUAAACGCGACCACCGUUGAUGCUGAGACGAUCUACAAGAUACACUCGGAGAAGACCUGGAAAAAGAACGGGCCUUAUAGCAGCAUUUUCCACCCGGUCGACGGCCCACUGGCUCAGUAUGGACUUAGCGUGCCCCUUGGCUACGUGCUGUACGGGCUAGGUAUGGUUCCUAGUUGGCUUCUGAUGGUGGUUAUUAGCUUUGCUAGCAGGACUUUGAUGGGCCGGAGAAUGGGUCCGCCACGACCACAGGUUGCUCCCCCCGCUGGAGCUGCCCGGUAA